CCCGCCGACGCCCCCCACAAGCCGCCCGCCCCGGCCAUCCCCCGUCCGGCGACGCAUCACCUCCCGAAGCCCUUCACCCCUCCGCUGCCGGCUCACCUGCCGUCCGUCCUGCCCAAGCCUCCAUCCGCCGCGCCCCAGCCCAGGCCGCCUCCGCCUCUCGGGGCCAAAGUCUCGUCCCCGCCCCUCCCCAGGCCCCCCCUGCCCUCCAUCUCCAGACUCCCCAGUGGAGGGACCUCAGCCCCGCCGGUGAGCUCGCCUCCUGCCUCCGGCUCCUCCGGCUCCUCCGGUCCUGCAUCCAGCGCUGCUGCUGGAGGUGCCUCCUCCACCUCGGCCUCCACCUCGGCUGCUGCUGCCUCCGGGCUCCCCCUCUUCCCCUCCAUCAGUGUCCUGGAGAGGCUCAUCAAGACGUGUCCGGUGUGGCUGCAGUUGGCAGUGACUAAGGAGAGGGUCACCAACAUACUCAAUAAGGAGUCUUCCAGGAUAUUUCUGGUAAGGAAGGAGCCCAGCCUGAAGGCAAUGGUGCUUGCAGUUCGGCUUCCUGACCAGGGUGGGGCGCCACUGAUCCAGGAGCUGGUGGUGAAAGAGGAAAAAUCACUGAUCUACCUGGAGGGCUCCGUCCUUGUGUUUGACAACAUCUUCAAGCUCAUCGCCUUCUACUGUGUGAGCCGAGACAUUCUUCCAUUCACCCUGAGAUUGCCACAGGUUAUCAUUCAAGCAACCAAAUAUGAGGAUAUGGAGAUGAUGUCCACUCUUGGCUUGGAGUUCUGGGGCUCUUCUCUGAACAGCCACUUAGUGGACAGCACAAAGAGCUCUGGCGGCGAUCAGGGCAGCUCCUGUGAGAUCCAGCUCUCGGCCGGUGGUGACCGCCUCUGGUACAUCAACCCCGUCUUCGUGGACGACCACUGCAACUCCCCCGCCCCCGCCCCCGCACAGCCCCAACCUGUCGCCAGGAGCCAGAGCCUCACCACCACCCCCAGCUCAGCCGCCUCCGGCCCGGGGCCCAAGUACAAGCGGCCCCCUCCUCUCCCGCCGAGGCCCCUGGGUGCCGGUGAGGGCCCCUCUGCGCUGACGAAGCCCUCGCCGGCGGUGGCGUCGGCGUCACGGGGAGCGGAGACGUCAUCGUCAGAGCCGCCGGCCGCCUCGCCCGCCCACGCGAAGGGCCUUCCCGGCCCCAGAGGCUCGUGCCCUGCGCCGGCGACAGCGACAGCAGCAGCAGCAGCAGCGGUAGCGGUAGCGUUAGCGACGCAACAGCCAGCGCGCGUGAAUGAGGAAGGAAGUGGUGAGCGCGAGAGCGCUGCUGCUGCUGCAACUAAAGGGGGAGCCGAGAGAGUGGAGCCGACGUCCAAACAGCAGCAGCAACAGACGCAGACACAGACGCAGACACAACAGACGACCGCCGCGCACGCACCGCCACCCGGGAUCCCACCGCCGGCGGCCGCGCAGCGGAAAGACAGCGGCAGGGGGAAGAGACCCCCGCUGGGCCGCCCGCCCUCCUUGCGCGUGCCCCCCGUCCCCCGCCGCAGGCCCUCGGACAGGCAGACGAGCGUCGAGGACGCGUCGACCACGGCCAGCCAGGAAGCUCCCGCGGGGGAGGAAGGGGCCACCGCCGCUGUGGUGGUGCCCGUCGGCACGCUCGUCUGCCUGGACGGCGCGGACUCGGAGAACCGGGCAGACAAGCCGACGGAGGCGGUCACUUCUGGCAUGGCUUCCCAGCCGGCGGAGAGCUUGGAAGUGGACACGGUCCCGGCGCUGUCGUCCGGACCGCUCUCGCCCGGCAAGAAGCGCGGACCUCCCGUGCCUCCGCCGCGACGCAAGCGGCCCUCCGUGAUGGAGCCCGGCCAGGCGCAGAGCCUCUCGCCGGACGGCCCGCCGCCUACGCCCCUGACCCCCACCACCCCCGAGUUCAGCUCCCUGCCCGUGCAGGGCUCCAGCGGCGGCACCCCGCAGCCCACGCGCCGCUCCCUCUCCGUGGAGCCCAAGCUGGGCGACGUGUCCAUCUACUCGCCGGACGCCGCCGCCGGCAGCUUCCCCCACCAGCACCCGGACAACGACUCCUACUCCACCAGCAGCGCCGAGGACGACGCCGACGCCACGGCCUCGGGGGCGUCGCCGAGCAACGCCAACGCUGCCAGCGCCCCUAGUACGGGCGGAGGAGGCGGCGGCGGCGGCGGAGGCGGCGGCCACGCGGUCAUCAAGCGGACGCCCACCAUCAUGCUGGACCGCGCCAAGCAGCGGCUGAGCAUGGUCAACUUCAGCAGCGUGUUCACGGGCAUCCUGAGCACCGAGCAGAAGCUGCAGAAGCGCGUGGUGGAGCUGUCGCGCGACGCCGGCUCCUACUUCGGCUGCCUGGUGCGCGACCACCGCGCCUUCACGCUGGACACGCUGCGCAAGCACACCUCCAGCACCGAGAUGCUGCAGGAGAUACGCCAGAUGAUGACGCAGCUCAAGAGCUACCUGAUCCAGAGCACCGAGGUCCAGAACCUCCAGGAGCCCAACGUCUUCUCCGACGAGAAGCUGGAGUUGAUCAUCGAGGCGGCCCUGUGCAAGAGCGUUCUGAAGCCCAUCCGCGAGUCCAUCUACAACAGCCUGCGGGACAUCCACACGCGCAACGGCACCCUGAAGCGCCUGCGCGAGAACCAGCAGGUGGUGCAGACCACCACCACCACCGACCUGGGCGUGACCACGUCCGUGCCCGAGACGGCCACCAUGGAGAAGAUCGCGCACAAGCUGAGCCGCCUGCACCUGGACUACUCGCCGCAGAAGAAGAUUGAGGCGCUGCUCAAGACCUGCAAGAUGAUCUACGAGUCCAUGUCCGUGGGCAGCUCCGGUAAGGCCCAUGGCGCGGAUGACUUCCUGCCAGUGUUGAUGUAUGUGUUGGCCCGCAGCAACAUGAGUGCACUACUGCUAGAUGUGGAGUACAUGAUGGAACUCAUGGACCCUGCUCUACAACUGGGAGAGGGCUCGUACUACCUGACCACCACGUACGGCGCGCUGGAGCACAUCAAGAACUACGACCGGCAGCCGGCCACGCGGCAGCUCAGCCUGGAGGUGCAGGACUCCAUCCACCGCUGGGAGCGCAGGCGCACCCUCAACAAGGCCCGCGUGUCACGCUCCUCUGUGCAGGACUUCAUCAACGUGUCCCUGCUGGAGGCCGGCGCCAACACCAAGACGCUGGGCGUGCGCCCGGCCACCAGUGCCCAGGACCUGUGCGCCCAGUGCGCCGACAAGUUCGAGGUGCUGGAGCCCGGCAUGUACUGCCUGAGCGUGCUGGUGGACGGCGUCUACAAGGCGCUGGGGCCCGACGAGAAGCCGCUGGACGUCAAGUCGGCGCUGCACCACAGCGAGCCCCGGAAGGAGUACUACUUUGUGUACCGGCGCGGCCGCUGGCCCGAAGCCGAGACUGAGAGCGCCGCGCCUGAGGCCGAGGCAGAGGAGAGAGAAAAGGAGGAGGGAAACUGA